GUUGCAGGAGCUGACAGUCUGCUCAGAAGACACUGUGGAUGUGCACAAUAUAGAGCUCAUGCAGUACAUCAACGUGGACUGCUCCAAACUUAAAAGACUGCUCCAAGGCCCUGCUCUUCAACCCCACCAAGUCCUUCUCUCGCGGGGCAGGCAGCCAGAACGCAGACGUGGACCUCAUGAUCGACUGCUUCGUCUCCUGUUUCCGUAUCAACCCUCACAACAAUCAGCACUUUAAGGUCUGUUUGGCCUCCGCCUCCCCCUCUACCUUUCACUUUGUCCUGGUCAACUCCCUGCACAGAAUCAUCACCAAUACUCUGUCAUUUAAAGAUGAAAUGACCACCAGCCUUAAGUUCAAAGAGAACCACAGACCUGGAUACACGCAGCUACAAGUGCCUCCUCCUCGCUCUGGUCAAACUCAUCCAUGCUGACCCCAAACUCAUGCUGCACAACCCAGGGAAGCAGGCUCAGGAGACGCAGAGCUGAUCGCAGGCCUGGUGCAGCUGGUGCUCUUGGUCAGUACAUCCCAGCUUUCCCAGGAGGCCAUGGAGGCUCUGCUGGUGCUGCACCUGCCUGAGACUAUUGAGCUGUGGAACCCUCAGGCCCCCAUUGAAACCUUCUGGGACAUCAGCUCCCUAGUUCUCUUCCUGAUCUGCAAGAAGCUGAUUGGUCACCAGAUGGUGAACAGUACAGAGGUGUUGAAGUGGCUGAGGGAGAUCCUUAUCUGCAGGAACAAGUUCCUCCUAAAGAACAAGGAGUGUGCCACGCAGGGCAGUGGAAUCCCCAUCUGCAGACAGGCCCAGACCAAACUGGAGGUGUGUCUAUACAUGUUUCUGUGGAGCCCUGACACCGAGGCCGUGCUGGUGGCCAUGUCCUGCUUCAGACACCUGUGUGAGGAGGCUGACAUCCACUGUUCCGCUAACGAGGUGCUCGUCCAGAUCAUCCUGCCCAACUACGCCACCUUCACAGAGUUCGCCUCCGUCAGCAACAUAAUGGCCACCGGACGUUUCACCCUGCAGAAGAGAGUGAUGGCCUUGUUGAGAAGGAUAGAGCACCCCACUGCAGGCAUGGGAGGACACGCAUGCAAAAUGGGAGCAGGACACCAAACAGAUUCUGAACUUUCCCAAAAACAAGGUGGAGGAUGGUCAGGAGUGGAUCAACAUGACAGGCUUCCUGUGUGCUCUGGGUGGGGUGUGUCUGUCCCAGCGCAGCAAGCCCUGUGGCCCCACCACCUACAGCCCCCCCCCCAUGGGCCCCAUGAGCGAACGCAAGUACUCUAUGGUCUCUGUGGGCGUCUGUGAGGUCUCUGCAGCUGGAGCCUCAGCCACCUGCUCCUCCUCUUCCUCCACUGAAACCCCCCUGGGCAGGUUCCCGGACCGCCUGCUGGUCCUGCUGGUAUGUGGUCAUGAGAGGGUGGGUCUACACGUCCGCACCAACGUCAA